CCAGGGAUGUAUGGCCACAGCUGGACCCAGCCGCUCCAUCAGAACCCUCCAUACACAGCUAUGGCUUGGUGGUGUCUGCUCAUCUUUGCCAUCCUCAUCCUGGUUGUGCUGACGUGGCAGAUGAAAGCCAAGGUCUCCCUCGGCCCCCGGGAGCCUCCCUGUCUCCCGGCUUUGCCUUUAAUCGGCAGUCUGCUGAGUCUGCGGAGCCCCCUCCCUCCUCACGUCCUUUUUAAGGAGCUCCAGGAGAAGUAUGGGCAGACGUACUCUCUGAAGAUGGGCUCCCACAGGGUGAUCAUUGUCAACCAGCAUGCACACGCCAAAGAGGUGCUGCUGAAGAAGGGGAAGAUAUUUGCAGGAAGGCCCAGAACUGUAACCACAGACGUUCUGACCAGAGAUGGGAAGGACAUUGCAUUUGGAGAUUACAGUCCUGCCUGGAGGUUCCACAGGAAGAUAGUGCACGGAGCUCUGUGUAUGUUUGGAGAGGGCUCUGCCUCCAUUGAGAGCAUCAUCUGUGCAGAGGCCAAGUCUCUAUGUUCCACCGUGUCGGAGGCAGCGGCUGUCGACCUGGCUCUGGACCUGGCCCCUGAGCUGACCAGGGCGGUCACCAACGUGGUCUGUUCCCUCUGCUUCAACUCCUCCUACUCCAGAGGAGACCCUGAGUUUGAAGGCAUGCUGCGUUACAGCCAAGGUAUCGUGGACACCGUGGCUAAGGACAGCCUGGUGGACAUCUUCCCCUGGUUACAGAUUUUUCCCAAUGCAGACCUACGUCUUCUGAAGCACUGUGUGGCAGUCAGAGAUGAACUUCUGCAGAAGAAGUACGAGGAGCAUAAGGCAGACUACAGCGACCAUGUACAGAGGGACCUGCUGGACGCCCUACUGAGGGCCAAACGCAGCGCUGAGAACAACAACACAGCAGGCAUUGAUGCAGCGUCUGUGGGCCUCAGCGAUGACCACCUUCUCAUGACUGUGGGGGACAUCUUUGGAGCCGGCGUGGAGACCACCACCACAGUGCUGAAAUGGGCAGUCACCUACCUCAUCCACCAUCCAGACGUCCAAAGGUGUGUCCAGCAUGAACUGGACACCAUUAUUGGAGUGGACCGCUCCCCCCGCCUCAGCGACAGAGGCAGCCUGCCCUACCUGGAAGCCACCAUCAGAGAGGUGCUACGGAUCCGUCCUGUGGCUCCCCUACUCAUCCCUCACGUAGCUCUGAGCGACACCAGUAUCGGGGAAUUCAAAGUUAAAAAAGGAACCAGAGUCAUCAUCAACCUGUGGUCUCUUCAUCACGAUGAGAAGGAGUGGACCAAUCCUGAGCUCUUCGACCCUGGACGUUUCUUGGACAGUGAAGGCACCGGGCUCACAGUGCCCUCGUCCAGCUACCUGCCCUUCGGUACUGGGAUCAGAGUAUGUUUGGGAGAGGCCUUGGCCAAGAUGGAGCUCUUCCUCUUCCUGUCUUGGAUCCUGCAGCGCUUCACCCUCUCGGUCCCGCCGGACCAUCCCCUGCCCAGCCUGGAAGGAAAGUUUGGUGUCGUUCUCCAGCCUGUCAAGUACAAAGUAAAGGCCACACCCAGACCGGGCUGGGAUAGAGGCACCAGCCAGACCCGCUGA